UGUCUUUAAAAAAUUUUAGUGCAAGGCCUCAUGCAAGGCAUAAAAUAGGACGCAAUCGCCAAUCGCAAGGCAACAACUGGGCGAAGGGGCACUACACAGAGGGUGCUGAGCUGGUGGACUCGGUCAUGGACGUGGUGAGGAAGGAGGCGGAGCCCUGCGACUGCUUGCAAGGUUUCCAGCUGACUCAUUCGCUAGGCGGCGGUACCGGCUCGGGCCUGGGUACGCUUCUCCUCAGCAAGUUGAGGGAAGAAUACCCGGAUCGCAUCGUGAAUACCUUCAGCGUCAUGCCUUCGCCUAAGGUCUCAGAUACAGUAGUAGAACCUUACAACGCGACGUUGUCAGUCCACCAGCUGGUAGAGAACACUGACGAAACCUUCUGCAUCGACAAUGAAGCGCUCUACGACAUCUGCUUCAGGACGCUGAGGCUGUCUUCACCCACGUAUGGAGACCUCAACCAUCUUGUGUCACUCACCAUGUCAGGAGUGACGACGUGUCUCCGGUUCCCUGGCCAGCUGAACGCUGACCUUCGGAAACUGGCAGUCAACAUGGUACCCUUCCCGCGUCUCCACUUCUUCAUGCCUGGUUUCGCUCCUCUGACGGCCAGGAACAGUCAAGGAUACAGGGCACUUACGGUACCAGAAUUGACACAGCAGAUGUUCAGUCCCACAAACAUGAUGGCGGCAUGCGACCCGCGACACGGUCGGUACCUCACAGUCGCCGCCAUCUUCCGAGGACGGAUGUCUAUGAAGGAGGUCGACGAGCAAAUGCUGACGGUGCAGGAUAAGAACUCAAGUUACUUCGUGGAGUGGAUCCCCAACAACGUGAAGGUGGCGGUGUGUGACGUGCCUCCUCGAGGACUCAAGAUGGCUGCCACCUUCGUCGGAAACACCACCGCCAUCCAGGAGAUCUUCAAGCGGAUAUCCGAGCAGUUCACCGUCAUGUUUAGGAGAAAGGCCUUCCUCCACUGGUACACCGGCGAGGGCAUGGACGAGAUGGAGUUCACGGAGGCCGAGAGCAACAUGAACGACCUGGUGUCCGAGUACCAGCAGUACGAGGAGGUUGGGGUAGAAGACGGCGAAUUCGACGAGCAAGAAGAAAUGCCUGCAGAAGAUUACCCAGAGGAGAAUGCAGAAGAAUAAUCUAGUCUUUAAGAAUCGGCAACAGCAUGUCAACUACGCAAACCUAGGGAUGUCAUUUCCAAGCCUAUUUAUAGGCGCAGACCACCGACUUUUAGUUGGCCGAUAGUUGUGUCGGGCUAUUAAUCAGUAUGGAGAUGUAUGAAAGUACGCACAUUACACUGAUUUGGUAUCGGCCGAUUCUUCAUACAAAUUAAAAUCGGGUCCAACUAUCUGCCAACUAAGUCGGUGGUCUGCGCCUAGGCUAAAAUUUAACAACCACCACAAGACGCGUGAAAACCCCGGAUUUUGGAGUCCAGAACCCGGACCAGUUUUUUUAAAACUUUGUCACGUCUCCCGUCAUCGGCCUAAGAAUGAAUUUUUUUAAAACCCUUACUCCAAAUGAAACAAUUUUUAUAUAUCUUUUUGCUGUCUAGGAUACGUUUAGUAGUAGUAAGUACCUGUUAUACUAACAUUCAGAAAAACGUACCGUUUGUAUCAUUAUAGCCUUUCAAAACCCGUGAACAAUAGAAAUCACAACCAUAGUAUUGCAACUCUAAGAUUAGGUAAGUAAGUUUUUAGGUAAUGACCAACUCAUAUCAUUUAUAAAAAAUGUUAGUAAUUGAAAAGAUUUUAUAAAUUAAUGAUCCAAAUUACCCACCUUCCCCUAGUAUUGUUAUU